AUGGCCGUGGGGUGUGCAGCGUUGCGGCAAAAUUUAAGUCAGAUUAGGCCGCUGUUAGCUGUUUGCGGCCAUGUGCAUGAGGGACGAGGAUAUGAAAGAGUCCGCUGGCAACCGGCACCUCCAGAGACCGGAGCCACCACGGCGGAUUGCGUCGUCGUCGACGGUGUCAUUACUCGAGGCGUGCUGCCGCCCGUGGGCAGCAAGAAACAGAGCUUGGUCGAUCUGACUGGGAAACGGGGGCAGCAGCGUCUGGACAAGCGAUGCAUGGGUCAACGAUCUCCGAUAGUUGCCCCGUCCCUGAGCGCAGGUAACCAUGGUCGGGGUGGUCACGCCCUGCAAACGCUGCGACGGGAGUCCUGCAUUGUCAACGCGGCCAUCAUGGCUACCAGCUGGCCGCACCGCGGAGGCAAACGAUUCCACGCGCCGAUCGACGUGGACCUGGAGCUUCCGGUGUGGGAGGCUGACCACGCGGAAAGGCGGUUUGCAGUGCGUCUGUGA